AUGAGGUGCGAUCUGCAAGUGCAACUUUUGCUGUUACUGGGAAUUGGUGCUUGGAGCACUGGAGCUCAUGGCCUGGGAGGAGGUGGAAUCGGAGCAGUUGGCGGAGUGGGAGCCAUUGGAGGUGCCAUCGGAGGAGUGGGUGGAAUCGGAGGAGUUCAGCAGGUUCCUGUCGUCCAGCAAGUUCCUGUGGUCCAACAAGUGCCCAUUGUGCAACAGGUGCCCGUCAUCCAACAGCAGCCACAGGCUCUUGGACUCGCGGGAGGAGGUGGAUUCAUUGGCGGCGGAGUUGGAGCAGGAGCUGGAUUUGGACGGUACAAGGAGAGCUAUCGGAUUCGAGCCAGGGGAUUCGGUGGUGGAUACCGCGCCCGCUACGACAAAAAGUUCGGCGGAGGAUUCGCUGGAUUCGGAGCAGCGGGAGGAGCGGGAGCAGCGGGUGGAGGUCUGCUGGGUUAGAUGUUAGCC